AUGAAAAGUAUCACUACAUUCCUGAAAAGAUGUAUCUCUACAGGGUUUAGAAGGUGGCAUUCAACUGGUAAGCUCACAUCAACGUCUCCUGAAGAAUUGGCACAUUUCAAUGCUUUGGCAUCUUCAUGGUGGGAUGUUAACGGACCUCAAAGAAUACUUCAUAAAAUGAACCUCUUACGAAUGGAUUUCAUCUACUCGACAAUACGAGAGCACUUGAAGUUGAAUCCACCUGAUUGCCCGGAGGAAGAUAAGGUCUAUAUCCCACCUUAUAGUGUAGAUUUGCUUCCAGAACCAAUCAAACGUCAGAUUGUUUGGGAGCAAGACAUGAGAAGAGAUGAAAUCUUAAGCCAAAAGAAGCUUAAAGUAUUGGAUGUUGGAUGUGGUGGAGGCAUAUUAUCUGAAUCCAUGGCUCGUUCUUCCUUUGUUGAUGAUGUUAUGGGCAUAGAUUUAUCUUCUGAAGUGUUACAGGCUGCCAAAAUUCAUCAACAGAAAGACCCAAUGUUAUCGGAAAACAAUGGUAAACUUGAUUAUCAAUUAACUGCUAUUGAAGAUCUUCCCAAAUCGGAAACUUACGACAUUAUUACCAUGUUUGAAAUGUUAGAACAUGUGGAUUAUCCUUCUAAAGUGCUUACCGAAGGGUUACAGAGAUUAAAUGUUGGAGGAUGGUUAUUCCUUUCAACCAUUAAUAGAGACUUUGUCAGUUGGUUCACCACUAUUUUUAUGGGUGAGCAUGUCUUGCGUAUUGUCCCCGUAGGUACUCACACUUUAGAAAAGUAUAUUAACCAACAAGAGAUCCGUGAUUGGAUUAGUGAAGAUCCGCAACGACUGAGAUCCUAUGAAGUGGUUGACACAAAGGGAACCGUAUACUUACCCGCUUAUGGAUGGAAGUUCACUUCUAAUCCUAAUGUGGGUAACUAUUUUAUGGCCCUUAGAAGAGUCAAAUGA